CGGUUAUUCCCAGGCGAACACGGGAAGUUACCAACUUCACUUCCUGUUAGGACCUGAGCGAGAGACGGUUUGAAUUUUAAAAAACGUUUUUCUGAACAAGAACAAGAAAGGAGGAAAUAAGCUACUGCUGCUUUUGGAAUGUGCAGUCACCACAAUGGAUUCUUCCUUCCCGUCGGAACCCAACAGUCCUGAUGAUUUCAACCGAGCUCGUCUCUUUGAUCUCCCCGUCGACCAGUAUGACCUCUCCGUGCUGGUCCCAGAGACUCCCAGUUCACAGCUCGCCAAACGCAGGAGACGCACACGACGUGCAGAGGAAGCCUUUAGUCCGGUCAUGACACGGCACUCGGUGGACCGAGCUGAACGUUCCGUCGGGCCGUCCAAGCGCAGGAAGCUGGCUGCAGCAGUGACAGAGCAGAAUCUUGGAUUUGUGCCCGCAUCCUCUCUGAGACUAUUUCCUGCAGGCGGCUGGUUGGACACCUCCUCCACAUCCUCUUCCUCUUCCUCAUCAUCACCAUUUUCGUUACUCACGAUAGCCCCAGAGGAGGAAGAGGUGGGACUGACGGUGGUGGCGGCAGGGACGACAACACGGCCUUCAAGUGAUCACGACUCGUUGUCUUUUCUGACAGCAGAGGAAAGGAAGUGGCUGAGCGGCGAGCAGGCCAACACCACAAUUGAGGCGGCACUCCACGUGGUCAGCAGCGAUGAGGACGAUCUACCAGUCCGCAUGGCGCAGAUGGAGGAAGAUGAAGCUUUUGCCCGAAGCCUGCAGGCACAGUUUGACCACGAGGAGGCCGAGUCAGAACAUCAUCAUCAUCGCCAUCACAGGCAUCACACGCAUGUCGACACCAGCUGGACACCACAGCUGCUGGCGGCCGCCAUAUCCCCGCUAGCGCAACUGGAACAAGGCUUGCUCGGCCACCAGCGCAGGCGGGGACGAAGCAGACGGAGGGCCCAGCCACUCCUGUCAGACAACCCCACAGGGGAUGACUAUGAGGCCUUGCUGGCGUUUGAGGAGCUUCAAGGUGUCAUUGUGUCCAAAAAGCUGUCCCGCGCUGAGAUUCAAAGAUUCCCUGUUAAAACGUUCCAGGGCGGAGGCGGGAACACACAGUGUCAGAUCUGCUUCUGCGACUACGAGCAGGGUGACAAGUUGAGGAUGCUGCCUUGUUUCCAUGACUACCACGUCCCCUGUAUCGACCGAUGGCUCAAGGACAACACCACAUGCCCCAUAUGCAGGGUGAACCUGGCGGACGGCGACGCAAUGCACCCACAACACCUCUGACCGCUGAACUCCAGCUUCCAUUUAAAUGGAUGUAUUUUUGUUUGUGACUCGUCUCUUUUAUGGUGCUUCAAUAAAACUGAAACUACUUGACCUCAA